UGACUGUCGCCUGUGGUGCAGUCCGAACAACGAGAGGCAGAUAGUUGUUGCAAUAAGGUAUCAUCCAGUUUCGCCAACGUCGGUGAACCAAUAGUUUGUCUCGCGUGAUAGGUUUCUCGAAGCUCGUGUCUGGCUGUCCUCAAAAAUUAAUGAUCAACGCGUCGUGCGCUGGGCGUCCUCCAGCAUUAUUGAUGCUCAACCUCACGUGGCAGAGACUGAGACCUCGAACCCCGAAAUUUGGAAGAUUUAUGUGGAACACUCAACGACUGGACACACAACCCAGGAGGUGUUCUACGUUUUUGCUGAAACUGGGGAAGCCAUCGGUCACCCUCCUGAUGAUAGAUUCGCUUCGCGGCCAGAACCGGAGGCGGCUGGUGCGGGUCUUGGUACAAUGCUUCGUUUUGAUUGGCGUAACUAUCUGUCUUUGGAAGCGUCAAUCGGGCGGCGAUCACUUAUGGAUAUGAUUCGUUGGACGAAUAUUGAAGAUUACGAACAUGGGAUUAGUAGGCAUUGGCUACGUCGAAUGGCGAAAAGGGAAUUGCCUGGAACAUACACGUUGAAUGAGGCACUUUUGAAGGUUGCCAGGCGCUACAUACUCGCAAACGUUGCCGGAAACAGCCUCAGUGGUUCAUUUCAAACCUCUAUCGAAAUGGCAUGUGAAUCCAAUGGACAGCAUUGCAACAUUCCUUCCGCGUUAUCAGCAAUUACGAUCCCAUCGCUUUUUGUCCCUGAGCAUCAUUAUGUUGAGUCGGUCCACUUGAUGAAUUCUCGCGGAAUACCUCUCCAUCCUGCAAUCGCAGUAGUGCAGACACCUGCAAGGGAAUACUACAUUCUACGCGAUACUGGUCAGGAAAUUGGUUGUGAAGAGGCUGGAGGCGUGUACAAGUGCUGGUUAGACGUCAUUCGGUGUCAAGAGGAUGGUGUGAGCACAUGAGUGAGUUGUGGCAUGUGGAUGAGGUUGGGA